GGCCAGGUGUUCAAAUAUCAAUUGCUCAUUUUAUACCACAAAUGAUUGAACGUUUAAAUCGACCGGAUAUAAAACAACUUCAUUUAUUACAUCGACUUGAUAAACAAUCAACUGGACUUUUACUUAUGGCUUAUACACCAGAAGCUGAAAAACGAUUACGUGACCUUAUGCAAGAACAUAAAAUUACUAAACAAUAUCUAACUAUUGUUCGUGGAAUACCUCAACCAUCUGAGGGUGAAAUAAAUAUACCUAUUAUUGAAAGAAAUGUUUGUGGUACAUAUAAAAUGAUGCUUUCACCUGCAUAUACUGACUUAACAAAAUUAGUGAUGCCGAAAUCUAAACGAGAUCAUAUUGAUAGUUCAAAAGCAAUAACAAAAUAUCGUGUCAUUGAUUCGAAUUAUGGAGUAUCAUUAGUAGAAUGUCAACCAAUAACAGGUGUUAAACAUCAAAUACGUACUCAUUUAGCGCAUGCACUUGGCACACCUAUAUUAGGUGAUCAUAAAUAUUCUCAUUAUGCUAAAUUAGCACCUCAAAAAUUACAAUUUGCAACAUUAAAAAAAUUAGGUGUACGUCAAGCAAAAGUUCGUACAGUUCCACUAUGUUUACAUUCAUAUUCAGUUGCAAUACCAAAUUUUCUUCAUCAUCAACAGAAUAUUUUCAUUCGAGCUCGUUUAUCACAUCAUUUACGUUAUUUCAUUCAAGCUCUACGAUUACGAAUGAUUAAAUAA